CGUAGAAAAGCCCAGUCCGUCCUACAAACCCUUCAACGACUCUCUGUCUCUCUCUGCUAAAACCCUCGAAACAAGAUUUUCACUCUCCUCAUCAAGAGAGAGAAAGAGAGAUGAGGCUUCUAACCCACAACAUGCUAUCAUCGAACAUCAAGGGGGUGACAAACGGCUUCCCUCUCCAAAUCGAAGCCGUAAAAGUGGUGGAGAAGCAAGUCGACUUCAACCCCGACUUCCUCAAGAACAUGUUCUCCAAGGUCGACUGGGCCGCCCUCGCCGCCGCCUCCAAAGCCCUCGGUUACGCCGACCUCCCCGAAGCCGCCGGCGCCGACAUGCUCGACUCCGACGACUUCCUCCGCCGCUUCCACCACGCCCUCCUCCAGCUCCACCUCGAGGAGGGCGCCCUCGUCUGCCCCGAGACCGGCCGCCGGUUUCCCGUCAGUAAGGGGAUACCCAAUAUGCUGCUUCACGAAGAUGAGGUCUGAAUCGUCUUUUUUAUUGUUCAUAUCGGUAUUGUAUUACUUGGGGUUUUAUGUGUACUUGGUCUAGUGACUAUGGAAAUGUUGGGGUUUGUGGAAAUUAUGAUGUUAAGGAGGUGAUUUAACCAAGCUUUUGCUGGGCUUUUAUCUUGAAUAUGAGCGGGAUGAUAACUUAGUCUUU